AUGUCUGUUCAUUUUAAAUUUAAGAGUGCAAAAGACUACGAUACUGUUUCUUUUGAAGGAUCACAUAUAGCAGUAGGAGAGCUAAAAAAGAUCAUUGUUGUAAAGAAAAAGUUGGGUAAAUCAACAGAUUUUGAUCUUUUAAUUACAAAUGCUCAAUCAAAUGAAGAAUACAGAGAUGAAUCCUUUUUAAUACCAAAAAAUACUAGUUUGGUAGUUAGUCGUGUACCCGUAUCAACUCAUAGCAAGUCAUUGACCAAUAUAUCUGCUCAGCUACAACCACAACAACCGGUGAGCAGUGCACCUGCACCUUUGAUUGUCAAAGAAGACUUUGGAAACGAUCCACUUGCCUCUCCAAACGACCAAGAGAAUGCACGUAUCAAUGCAUUGCUAACAACACAGGCUGGUUUCAAUAGUCAGGCUCGUGCUCCACCUGGACACCAUCAUCGUCAACACACCUUUCCAACUGACCGUAUUGUCAUUCCUCCCCCUUCCUAUAUUUGCCACAGAUGCCACCAACCAGGCCACUAUAUCAACCAAUGUCCAACCAACAAUGACCCCAAUUUCAACUAUCAAAAGGCUAAAAAGGCGUCUGGUAUCCCCAAGAUCUUCCUACGUCAGGUACAAGGACCACCAAGUCAAGUUGGUUCAUCAACUGUCCUCAUGCCAGGUGGUGGUGGUGUAGCCGUAGUCCUAACUCAUGAAUCUGAUUUUGCAAAGAUGGCAAAGGCUGUGAUUGCAAACGAGGAAAGAAAGGAACACAAAGAUUCACCUGCUGUGGAAACUAAUAAUAAAUCACCUUUGCGUGAUCAACCAGCUGCUGGUGGAGAUUCACCAGUUUCAACCAACUCACCAACUACCACCACAAACUAUGAUUCCAUUUCACAACAACAACAACAACUUCAACAACUACAACUACAAUAUCAACAAUUACAACAACAACAACAAUAUCAACAACAAUAUCAACAACAAUACCAACAACAACAACAACACCAAGAUAAAUACAAUCAAAAUGAUUUUAAAUUUUGUCAUUUAUGUAACAAGAAUAUUGAAUAUUCAUCUUUUACUACACCAUGUUGUGGUGUUUGUUUUGAUUUUAAAUGUUUCAAGGAUAGAGUUUAUAGUAGACUACCAAGACAAUGUCCAAAUUGUUUUUCUCCUUUUGAAAUUGACCAAGAUCAAAUAGAUCGUUAUGAAGUCAGAUUGGAAACCAAACAACUGGAUGAUGUAAAAUCAACAACUAGUAAUCCAAACUCUAGAAGAUCAUCUCAACAAAGGGAAACAAAGUCAAGAGACAAUAGUAGAGAAAGAGACCACGGAUCAAGUGGUAGUAGUAGUGGUGGCAAUGGUAGACCAUCAAAAGAUGAAAGAAGAUCAUACGAAUCUUCAUCGUCUAGAUCACAUGGUUAUCAUCCUUAUGAAUCCAGCAGGGGAGGAGAUCGUGAGAGAGAUAGAGAUUAUAGGGAUGACUAUAAAGAAAGUAGCAGUGGAAGCGGUAGCAGAGAUUACAGAGACCGUAGUGAUAAAGAAUACAGAGAUCGUAGAGAUUACAAGGACAGUGGAAGAGAUUAUUACAAGGAUAGAGAUUAUAAAGAAAGUAGUAGCAGCAGCAGUAGUAGUAGUGGAAGAGAUUAUGAUCAUAGUCAUAGAGACAGAGAAAGGGAAAGAGAUAGAGAUCAUAGAGAUUAUAAAGAUAGCCAUAGUAGCAGCAGUAGUAGCAGCAGUGGUAGUAGUCGAGAUAGAUAUUACGAUGAUAGAGGUAGACAUAGAUAA